UGUUCACCUCCCCAGAGCACCCCCCUUCCUCCCUCUCUUCCUCCUCUCCCCAUGAGCACGGCUGUUGUCACCUAAGCUCUGAACGCUGAACUCACUUUCUAUAUUUAGUUUGUUCGUAUAGUUUAGGCAAGCAGCUUGACAGGCUGUGGCCGCAGCGUCCUGCUAUGUGGAUCACGAUUCUGCAGAGGCUACUGGCCUGCUCUGGUCUGGCCCGGUUUUUAACCACAAAGAAUCUGAUAAACUUUUUCUAACAUGUUGCUCAGUAUGGCUGCAGCAGGCAGUGAAGGGGUUAAUGCUAGUCACUCAGCAUGCGGGAGCCAUGGCGGGCGGGCAGGCAGGCAGUGCAGAGGCUGACCUCUGACCCCUCAGGAAAGGAAUGUGGAAGCUCUUUCAUCCAGGACAGAAACUAAAGACACCCGGGCAGUUGGAAAGUGGCAGCUCAAUUCUGCUUUCAGCGUUUUUGAUUAGGGGAAGUAAGCAGAGGUUCCAUGUGAACGUGCUGUGGACUGUUUGCCAAAGCGGUAUCUGCCAUUUUGUAAUGGAGUUCCAUGCUGCAGCAGCGUGUUUGUUACUUUGUGAUCAGUACAGUGACGGUGAAGUGUGAUUGGUGGUUGGAAAUGGCUGCAGUUGUGCUGUUUGUGCUGGUGGAGCAGCCUGCUUAUGAAGCACCAUGUGCUCUGACCUAUAACCUACUACCUGUGUUUGUAGUUAGGUGACAAACAAGACAGCCAUUGCCUAUUACUGACAUUUAGGGCUGCAACUUGGUGAUUAUUUUUAUUUUCGAUAUCAAUUAAUCCGUCCACUUUUUCUUGAUAAAUUGAUGAAUUAAUUAGCCUAUAAUAGAACUAGGCAGUGUGACCAAAAAUCUGUAUCAUGUUAUUUUAUAAGAUUCUGGCGGUUUCACUGUAUAUCACAGUUUUUUUUUUCUGCAUGACUAUGCCUUUAUAUAGGUUUAUGGUGACUACUGUCGGGAGUACAACAUUUUAAAGGUCCAGUGUGUUACAUUUAGGAGGAUCUAUUGUCAGUAAUAUAAUAUAAUACUCAUAGGUAUGUUUUAAUUAGUGUAUAAUCAUGUAUGUGGAUGUGUUUCAUGUGUUUUCGUUACCUCUAUUGGCGUAGUCCACCAUGUUGAACCACCAGGUUUCUACAGUAGCCCAGAAUGGACAAACCAGACACUAUAAAACACUUUAUAGAGAGGUCUCUCAUUUUUUACUUGUUUUGCGGCCAACGUAGUUUCUCCUAAAUGCUUGGAAGAAGAGUGUGAAUCGAGGGAGUUGCACUCUGCAACUACACUGCUAGAUGCCACUAAAUCCUACACAAUGGUCCUUUAAUGCCAUCAUGUAUAUACUGAAGUCUUUGAUUACUGUAGGGUUUUCUUACUCUAACAUAAUAAAACUGGAAAAAAAAAAGAUAUCAAAUCUUCUAUUGCACAAGUAAGAAACAGACUGAUGUGUGCAAUGGUGUUUUCCCUGUUAAAGAGAGUUAGUUGUGGGUUAGGCAUGAGUGGUAUCAAGGUAUUACGGUAUUUAUAAAUGCAGAAGGUAUGAUUUUAAAUAACAUAACGCUCCUCUCUGGUGGGUGGCUGCGUUCGUAUUUGAGUGGGUAUGUUUCCUCAAAAGAUGAAAGAAGAACGCUGAGGAGAAGAACGUGCCCACAUUUACCUGUUACACUGACAACUAGGAAGCACUUGAUAGAUAGGUACAAAGAUUACGUUCUUAAAGUAAAGGGGGUCUACAAUAGCUGCCGAAUUCCAGAUUUACAAUAUUCUGGCUCAAGCUGUGAACAUUAUUACACAUCAUCAAAGUAAAGCAGAAACAACAUUAAAAAAACGCCUAUGAUAUCUGCGUGUAAGGAAAAAAGAGGAUAUCAUGUAAAUUAGAUAUUAUUUCUACUUAAAUUUUCCUUAUUUGUUGUGUAUAGACCAUUGACAUAUAUGCAUUGCAUUUCCACUUCCUUUUACUGUACAAAAUUAAGCCAUUAUAUUCCGGAUAUGGACGCUGCCAUCUUUCGCCAUUUGGAACCAGAGUCUGCGCAGUAGUGAUCUCCCAACCGACUUUUUAUAGCUUCAAAUAACUUAAAACCAAACUUAUCAGAAAAACUAACAAAAAUGUACAUGUAUUUUAAUGUUUUAGUUUGGCCCAUGUCCCAUCUGAUAACAUGAAGACUAAUUAAUGAGCUCUACUGCAGUAAGCCACCAGGGGGCGAUCAAGAUGUUUUGGCUUCACUUUUGGAGACCUGUCGUGUCGUCCAUCUUUAUGUUGACGGUAUAAAGAUAGAUAAAAGUGUUAGUAUUGUUAUGGUGAGACCAGUGUUUGAAUUUGGGGCUCAUACUGUAAAUCAAAGCUAUGCUAUCUAUCUAGAGGGAUGGUAUGGGGUGGCCACCCCAGCGGCCACCUGUUUGGUGUCACAUGCUCUUAAAUUUAACACAUUUGGAUUCAUUUUUAAAAUAAUAUGUUAAAAAAUUGAAAUCAAUUGAAUUAUCACCAGCAUAUAUUUCUUCCACGCCUUAAAGUAUCCAUGCCACUCUCUGGACACCCCAAACCAAAAAAUAGCAGGGUUUUUUGGGGGGGAACUGGCACUGUUCUGGUUGGCGCACCUAGUUUUUUGGAGCAUUUUAAACAAAAAUAAAUUGGUUUGGGACCUGAAAAAUUGGUUCCCAGCUUUAACCAAAAAAAUAGCAUAUUUUCCGUGGGAUCCAAAGUGGGCGUGUUAUUAUCUACAGGUCGAUGUCCAUUGUGCUACACCCUCUGUUGAUGCAACCGAUUGGGGGGUGGUUCACUAGAUAGCACCUAAGUUCCGAAAAUAUUAAACGGAACCGUUUCAAGAACCAGAACUAAAGGGGCCUGAGCGAAUUUAGAGGGUUUAUAAAACUGGGGAAAUUCUACCAUUAUUCGAUUAAAAGCUUGCAUAUAGUUGAUAUUUCAUAGAUGAUCUUUAGACUCAGUAUGUUCAAAUUUAACUGCUUUUAGGCAACUAACUACCUUCGAGGACACCUAUCUUCAGUAUUUUCUGAGAAUUUGGGGUUUUGGCAACAUGUACGAAGUACUUUUGUGUACUUUUAGGCCAAUAAAUAAAAUAUUUACCAGUAUUGAGUCCAGGCAAUGUGUAGAAUGCUUUGAAACAGCAUUAUAGCAUUUAGACCUUUAAAAUGUAUAGAAGAUAAUACUGGACAGUCAAUUCAAUUCGGGGUGUUUUGGGGGCCCUGGACUCAUGAUCUCAAUAUUUCUAAAAUCCUCGCUGGAGCUCUGUUGCCAUGUCGUGGAAUACUGACUUUUGGCUGCUCAAGGGAGCAUGAACACCACCUGUUGUGUUGUCUUUGUUUAUUUCCCAUUUACCAUAACUUAAAGAGUCAGUGAUUGUUAAAUCUGGUGGUAUAGGUAGUCAAAUUCAAUGAUUACUAACACUGAUUUAGCCUAAAAUUAUGUAUUUUGAAACUGGACUACUGCACUGCACUUAAUCUAUAUAGGGUUGGAUAUAGGGAAAAGGACAGAGUUUUAAUGUUAUCUAUACAUAACGCAAGCAAUAUAGUAUUGCAUAGGUCAGUAUGAGUCAUUUGGGCUUUUUCAGGCCUGGGGCCAUCCAUGUGUGUAGUUGCCACUCCACAUGGUCUGUCAUGGUGUGUCCUUUGUUUUCAAGCUCUAUUUGGUUUAUUUCUAUAACUUGACAGUGUGGAUUCUCUUCAUUGUACUGUAUCUGCCUGUCUGUGUGCACGCCUUUGUGAAUGCGUUUGAGUAUGCCGGUUUGGGAGGUGGGGUGUACAUGAUGUUGCAUUCGGCGUGACCAGAACUCUGUGUGUUGUAUGUGCUGUUGUGUGCGGAGGAGAGAGGCAGGGCGACAUGGCAUGGUUCAGGCCAGGAAUGUGCGACGUGGGUAGGCUGUACAAUAGAGCCGGGCUCCCUGAGGGUGGUCAAUGGGACGGGUGUCACCCCCCUGCACCCUCCCUGCUGGGUGAUGACCACCACACAACGCUACAGCUGUCAGUUCCUUUUAACCACUGCUGUAAACACACAUACAUUAUGAGAACAAACACACAAGUAUGGACACACUGAGACAUACAUGAGCGCACACAUGUGCUAAAGUAUAUCUUGUGACAUGAGCACACUCAUAUGUGUUCUAGCCAACCUGUGGAUACAUGUUUGUGCAUUUCUGUGUAAAUACAAGCAUCUGCAAAAGCUGUCUUUCUUAACUCAUUGACCUCUCACACAGAAAACCACAGAUGCCAUUACAUUUGUAUGUAUGUGCACACUUAGUGCGCGUGCAUUCUGUCACAUAUGCCCACAUGUGUUUACAGUGCCGGUUCACGUGACUGAAGCUCCUAGCAUGGCUAACAUUGUUCGCUCAACCUUGGACUUAGCUGGUGUGUUAGCUAGCAGGGGUCACAGAGGUCACUGGGGGUAAAUAAGGGAAUGCAGAGAUGACAGGGGGAGCGAGUUCAGCGAUCUCUUGGAAACACAAGCUACUAUAGUUUGCAAUUUUAUUUUAAUAAACAACUGCAGGUCAGGAGCUGCUCCGGUGCAGUUUUCAGUUACGCUGUCCCUUUUUUCAAGUUUUUGGCUGCUUUUGCUGUUGUCAAGAAUUUGCAGAGUUCAGGUAGUGCUGGUUGUAGGAGUGUGUGGCGUAAACACCGCCUCCCCCGCCUGCCACUUUCUCUACCCCAGGGGUUGUGUGUGUUUCUGUGUUUUCCCAAGGAUUACAGGAGCCUUAUCCAGUUUCAUAACAAGUACAUACAUGUACACACAUUAACACAAACAAAGCUGUCUUUGUGCACUGUGGCGUCACCUGAAGACACACAUGAUGAGGGAUGAGACUGUGUAGUUGCAUUAAGGCUUCACAUAUGGUUAUACAAAUAAAGCUGUUGCGGCAUGAUUGAGAAUCGUCAUUAAAAAAAAAAGUGUUUUUGUUAAUCCUUUGCAGUUCCUGUCAAUCAGACUUGUCAUUCAGCUCCCCCUAGUGAGUGCACAGGAAACUUGCCUUUGAAGUGGAAUUUACAAAUGACAUAUUGUGUUUCAAGUCAAGCCUGUUGAAUUAUAGGCUGGGGAGGUUUCACUUUUGGCAUGUAUUCUGAGGGUUUGAGUUGUUGUCCACAUAAGCGGUUCUCAACCAGGGGGUUCCAGGAGAUCCCCAGAAAAUGGGGAAUAUUUUAAUUUUACUAUUAUUUCAUUGACUAGAUGUGAGAGAAUGUAUAACAAUGAAUAUUCUGUUCAUAGGUUUUACAUUCUUCACAAUCUUAUGAGACAGGUGAGAGACAAUUUGUGGGUCCUUGACACAUAGGAAGUUGAGAACCACUGGUCUACAUCCCUGCCUUUUGUUACAAUUUGUCAAAGCUUUAAUAUAAGAAGACACUGGAGUCACUUCAUGUUAACUUACCUUUAUGCUUGCUCUCUCCUUGCAGAAGAGUAAAAAUGCAAAGCAGUGUUUCCCACUCACCGCCAACAAUAGCUGUUGGGACUGGGUGAGGAGAAGAGAGUGAAGGACAGGAGCGACUGAAGAAGAGCGUGAGAGAAGGAGAGUGCAGAGACAAAACGACAAGUAGGAUUUUAACAGAUUUUGCCAGACUUUGAGGUCCCCGCUGGAUCAUUGGCCCAUCCUGUGAGCUUUUUUUUCAACAACCACCCCCCUCCAAACUUCUCACGUUGAGCCUGCAAGGCAGGGGAGCCACAAGUGAGUUUUCAUGGCAGCGGCACUCUAGGGCUGCCAUGGCAGCUGCUGCCGCCGAUGCCUCACACCGUAUUACCGCACUGACGCUGGAGGAAGAGGGACGACGGACUGCCGCCAAGCUGUUUGGGAGCGCAGCCCCGCUACCACGGACAGAAAGAGAGAGAGAGCGAGAGAGGGGGAAAGAGAGAGAGAGGGAGAGAGAAAAAGAAGGAGAGGAGGUAGGGAGAGCAAGUGGGAACGAGUGUUUGGUUUGCGGGGCCCUGUUCGCCUCACAGGAGAAGCUCCGGCUCCACGCCUUGAGUCACACAGGAGAGAAACCCUUCCACUGCUCGCAGCCACACUGUCCCAAGGCCUUCAGCUCCAAAUACAAACUCUUCAGGCAUAUGGCCACACACUCUCCACAGAAGACCCAUCAGUGCUCGUUCUGUGAGAAAAUGUUCCACCGCAAAGACCACCUGAAGAACCACCUGCAGACACAUGACCCCAACAAGGAGGCCUUCAAGUGUGAGGAGUGUGGGAAGCACUACAACACCAAGCUGGGAUAUAAGCGCCAUGUGGCCAUGCACUCUGCCACAGCAGGGGAUCUCACCUGUAAAGUAUGCAUGCAGACGUACGAGAGCACGCCUGUGCUGUUAGAGCACCUCAAGAGCCACUCCGGAAAGUCUUCAGGAGGCACCAAGGAGAAGAAACACCCGUGCGACCACUGUGACCGCCGUUUCUACACACGGAAGGAUGUGAGACGGCACAUGGUGGUCCACACAGGCCGAAAGGACUUCCUGUGCCAGUACUGUGCCCAGCGCUUCGGCAGGAAGGAUCAUCUGACACGCCAUGUGAAGAAGAGCCACUCGCAGGAGCUGCUGAAGAUCAAGACGGAGCCUCCUGAUAUGUUAGGUCUUUUAGCUUCCGGGUCACCACCUUGCUCUGUGAAGGAGGAGCUCAGCCCCAUGAUGUGCAGCAUGGGUCCCAACAAAGACCCCAUGAUGGGCAAACCGUUCCCUAGUGGGGCCCCUUUUCCGAUGGGCAUGUACAACCCCCACCAUCUCCAGGCCAUGUCUAAUUCUGGGGUGGGUCACCCACACCCAUCCCUGAUGCCCACUUCCUUGUCUGCAGCUAUGGGCAUGGGCUGUCACAUGGAAUCCCCUGGACCUCUUCACCCACACUCCCAUCACCACCACCAUCAUCACCACCAUCACCACCACCACCAUUCCCCUCCGCUGCCCUCACACCACCAACCUCCGGCUCCCCAGCAGCAGCACCAGCCCCAGCAAGUCCCCAAAUACCAGCUGGGAUCUACCUCAUACCUGCUGGACAAGCCCUUGAAAGUGGAGAUGGAGAGUUUCCUCAUGGAUCUGCAGAGUAGUUCGCCAGGCCCAGUUCCCUCUGCAGAGCCCCACACUGCUGCCUCGCCGCAUAAGGACGGACUGGAGCCCACCUCGGGCCUGACGGAUGAGCUUUGCGGGGAUCCCCUCCUGUCCAAGAGCCCUGCGGUGAUCGCUGAGUCUCUGUGUGCUGCUAACAUGGACUUCUCCCACCUGCUGGGGUUCCUGCCCCUCAACCUGCCUCCCUACAGUGCACCCAUGAGCACAGGAGGACUGGUGAUGGGCUACACGUCAUCUGCAACUUCCUCCUCGUCUUCCAUCUCCUCUGCCUCAUCUCUGCAUGCUGCCGAGCCCCAUGCUGCAGCAGUCGCCGCGGCAGCAGCUGCCGUCGCCACAGCACCUCUUACCUCUUUGCAACCGCAACCUCAGGAGCAGCAGAGCUCCAGCGGGGGUCUGGGCCUUGGAUCCCUGCAUCCCCUUCCAUCAGUGUUCAGCUCCAGCCUUAGUACCACCACACUGCCUCGCUUUCACCAGGCCUUCCAGUGAGAGAGUCAGGCCUUGCCCAGCUCAGCAUGGAUAUUUCAGGCUGUGGUUCUUGACUGGGCACGAUCAAAAAGUUGGAGAAUUCUAACAAAUAAAUACACAAAUGAACACUUAGAAGCCUUAAAUAAAAGCGCACAAAAGCUUUUGAUUGAGCCUUAAAAGGAAGUUAAACCCCUUUGAGAAAAAAGGAAAAAAGAGAAGAAGUUGAAGCAGCUUUUAUUUGGGCUUUUUUUUCUCCUAUCCUAUAGUUAUAACAAUGUAUUAACCCAUCUUUUUUAUUUUCAGUUACUUCCCCUUUUAUCCCCCUUCCAUCCCCUAUUUAGUAGUAUAGAGGGCAGGAUCAGUAGGCCAAAAGGUGUGGUACUGCAUACUUUCUAAAGUAAUAAUAUUAAAAAAAAAAAAAAUCAAAGAUAAUUUUUAGUGAAGAUUAUCUGUCUUGUUGUGACCCAGAAAAAAAAAGUUUGAAGUGGAUAUUUUGUUUUACUUUAUUUUUCUUUUCCAAAUGUAAGAACAUGGUAGAAUGUGUCUCAUCUUGAGUUUCAAACCACCUAAACUGUCAUGAUCAGUACGAAAAGGAGAGAGAUCAGUGAAGGAAUGAAGAAAUGUAGAUUUCGAGUUGAAAUCGAUUGAAUCUGAACUCUAAAAAAAAGAUAGCUAGGCUAGAGCCACAAAAGCAACCCCUGCCUCUUAAAAAAGUGCUCUUCAAACAAGAAAAAUAAAUAGAUGGAUGUCCCUGUUAUUUUAAGUGCAACUGAUGUGCUCAUAGAGUAAGUCAGUUUGAAUGAAAACACUCACUUAUCAUAUGAUUGAUAAGAGACCUGUUAGCUGCCAAACACAAAGACCAGACACACACAUGGCCACGCAUUUUUUAAAGAAAAGAUAGAAAUGUGAAAGUGUGUGAGUUGGUUGGAAAUGAUAUAAUAUCAUGCUUGCUUUUUUUUUUUUUUUUUACUGUUCCUCAAGAGAAGCACUUUUUUUAGCAGAAGGCACUUCACCUUUAGGAAUCUCCUUGGGAAACCUUUUGUCUUUGCCUGAGACUCUCCUCAUUCUCUUUCCUUUACGUAUCUCCCUUUUAACAGUUACCUUUCAAAUUUCCCACGAUAAUGACAAUUGCAGCUGUUUUCUUGGCUGCCCAACAUACCUGAAAUAUAUAUUUUUGGAAUAAAAUACCAACACAUCUUUAGGCAGUCUUUUAAAAAGAUGCGUCAUCAUGGUAAUGAUGAACCCUGACAUAUGUGAAUGGCAAAAAAAACAAAAGAAUUACAGUGACAGAUGAGGAAAAAUGUGUUAAAGAAUGUUAUUGCAGUGUACGAAAUAUCUCAAAAAUGAAUAUUAUUAUUGCUUUUAUCUCAGUAAGGUGUAUUUUAGGUAGAUGUAUUAAAACUAAGUGAUGAUGUUUUUGAUGUCUGGCAGGUUUACAUUUGUGUGUAUCUUGCAUUUUUGAUCAAACAAAUGGAUGAAGUAUUAGCUUUUUCCCUUAAGCUUUCUCUGUUAUAUCCAAUCUUUACCUUUACAUGUAUGUGAGUUAGUAUAGCAGGAUCAGAACUGUGGGUGGGAAGUACCUGUAGAAGGCUGUUAGCGGCUUAAUAAUCUGUUAGGAUUUGAGCUAGAUAGAUUGUGUCAUAAGGAUGCUGACAUGGAUGGCAUGGCCUAUGAAUCUAUGACUAUAGGUCUUUAUCCAGUGGAAUAUGUAACCCCUGCGCUGUGAUGAAAUCCACGCCGAUUUCACUCCGAGCUCAGUGGUUUUUGGAUGUCUUGGAGUUUAGAUCCUUUCUAACCUUUCUAUGGCUGUCACCUUUCUAAAAUAUCAACUUAUAACAAAUUAGAAAUGACAUGCAAUUUGUUUAAAUAAAUCCCCAAACAAUUAUGGGAACGGGAAAAAGUAUGAAAAAAACGUAAAGACUAUAUUAAAGUAUAAAUGUGUGUUCCCACCAAUGGCGAAUCACAGGAUCAUUUGUGUUUACUCUGUCCAUACAAUGCUGCAAAUACCCCACGAUAUGGGAAAGUUUUCUGCUUCAAAUUCAAUAUUUUGAACUUUUCGCUUGUUUGCGCCAGGCGACGCGAAUGACGUGGUAAUCAUUGAUUUGCCUUUGGUGGGAAUGCACCAAAAGACAUUCAUUCUUACCACACUAAUGGGCCACAUAUCCUUGCAUAUGAAUCCUUCUAUCUUAAUGCUGAGCUUUUAGUGAGGCUAAAGCUGAGUGUGUCGAACAGUAGCAGUCAGAGGUUGAACAGUCGACGUUGCUCUGUUUGUCUGUGGUGCCUCCGCAGCACUGCCUCUCCUGAGUGCUAAGCUAACAUUAGCAAGUAAGUUGGCAGAUUUGUUGUCAUCGUAAACAGCUGCUUUGUACAAAGCCGUCAGAAGCACUGCUACUCAGAUGAUUUGGUGUCACCAGUGUUCUAUCAGGACGGCUUUGCUCCCUCCAUUUUGUAGUAAACAGCAUAACAUUACUAGCUUAGUUUACUGACAGGACAAUAGGGCAUGCCAUAGGUCAAGCUGAUAGUAGAGCACCCUCUGCUGGAUCACAAGGCAAACUACAGAACUUAAAAAGGUCUGUUGCGCUUUAAAAUGUUUAAUGUGAACACUUCGAAUUUCAUAUAAAAAGUGACAGCCCUAAACCUUCCACCACCAGCCUCUAAAAACCUGAGCCCAAAGUUAACCUAAACCUCAAAGACAAAUAGGUGCUCUUUAUCCGAUGUUGUCUGUGGCAUGACCAACACAGCUGGCAUAUCCAUAACGUCACACACAGCACAGAGGGCUGAGCUCCUGCAUCAUCUGUCUUAGUUCAUUCAGUGUCGUUCCAGUCAUAGAAGAAGGCCUUUGCCUAUAGUGGUCGCUGUGUCACAGGUGAGCCACAGCCAUCGUUAAAUGUUGAGUAAAAACAAACAAAAAAAUGAA